GCCUUCGCAGAAAGCGUUGUUUUGCUUCAUCUUCAGAUACUUUUCAGCCAGAAAGACACCUGUUUUAGAGUCAAACUUCACUAUGUCUUCAAAUUUUGAAGCCUACGAACAGGACUUUGGAACCCUGACAGCAGAAAUAACCAACAAAAUUGGAAGGAUUCCCAAAUUAGGUGGAGAGGAGAAGACACAGCUGGUUCUAAAUGUCGACAAACAGCUCGAAGAAGUCAGAGAGUUGAUGGAGCAGAUGGAUCUUGAGGUGCGUGAGCUCCCCAUCCAGAGCAGAGGCAUGUACCAGAGCAGACUGAAGAGCUAUAAGGGGGAGAUGGAGAAGCUGGAGAAAGACUUUAAAAGGUCACGUAUCGCCUACAGUGAUGAGGUGCGGAACGAGCUCCUGGGGGAAGACGCUGGCUCUUCUGAGAGUCAGUUGAUAAAGUUACGUGAAGAGAGAGCACAUCUGUUGGACAACACAGAGAAGCUGGAAAGGUCAUCUCGGAGGCUGGAAGCUGGCUACCAGAUAGCAGUGGAAACCGAACAAGUGGGCCAAGAGAUCCUGGCUAACCUACACACCGACCGCGAGAAGAUCCAGAGAUCCAGAGAUCGGCUGAGAGAGACAGAUGCCAACCUGGGCAAGAGCUCCCGCAUCCUAACCGGCAUGCUGAGAAGAAUUAUCCAGAACAGAGUCCUGGUCUUCGUCCUCGGCGCCAUCAUCCUCAUCACCAUCAUCCUGGCUAUCUAUUUCAAUGUGCGAGGGCGCUGAUCUACCCAAUGCUCACACAAACACACUCCAUCACACACACACACACACACACACCACGCGUGAUUAAUAGCGACAAAGCAUUGCUCUGGAGUAAUUAGGACAAAUGGUUCCAAUGAAUCACUCUUUCCAGACCCUGACAGGGGUCUCUCUAUCUCUCUCUCUCUCUCUCGCCCCCACAGUUCUUUCUAUUGUUAUUGAUAUUAUUCAGGGUGUUGUUGUCACUGGACUGUGUUUGCAUGGGAGAUCCAUCUUUUCCCUGGGUAGCGAGAGCCUAUGGGGGAUUCAAAGAGUCUAGUCAAGUUCAAAGAUAUAGAACAUGCUAGUGUUGUUUAUUCGCUACUUCCAUGGUCUAACCUAAGGUGUCCGCAGUCCCAUUUGUAUGUGUGUGUGAGCGUGCGUGUGUGUGUGUGUGUGAGCGCGUGUGUGUGUGUGCGUGCGUGCGAGUGCGUGCAUAUCGGUACGCAGGGCUUUUCUCUCCCUGUUUGUCAGACCAUCUUUCAAUACAUCUAGUAUAUUAAACGCUAGACUCAACUCUGAUUAACAUGGGGACUUACUAUAUGCAUUCACAUUCACACACAGCCUCCAGGCACAAAGGACAGUACCUUCAAAUAAGAGGUGGCAGUCAGAGUCACCUCUUUCCACACGGUUGGGCCCAAAUAUGAGAUAUACAUUCGUAAAUGGAAGAUGUAUUCGCAUGAAAAGGUUUGCUUCUGUUUUAGCUUAAGGAAGGAGACCCAGGAUUUGCUUUAUCCAUCCUCUUCACAUUACUCACUCAUACAUAUCAUUGGUAUCUGACUGUAUGGGAUCUCAACAUUGUCCAGACUCCAUGAUCUUUUGUUUGUACAGACAAGACAUUAAUAGAGAAUUGAUCAUAGUAGGUGACAUACUGCACUAACUGGCAAAUCUACAUAAAUGUACGUAGAGUUAAAAAGGUUUUUAGGUUUUUCAUAUUAUCAGUAAUUCUGUUAAUAUUUAUUUAUAUACAUUGUUUGAGAAUUGAUUAUUAUUAUCUUUGAUUAUCAUUAGAGUAUGUGAUAGCAAGUGUACAUUUUAUGAAGUCUAUUGUAAACGUAACCUGACGCAGACCAAUCGUCUUUGGCCAGCGAAUCACAUGACAUGUAUAGUACGUAUCUGUCCAGGACCAGUUCAAACAUGGAUUGCUUUGAUUUUGUGUGAA